AGUUUGUUACACGUAACUCAUAGGAGACAACUUUCAAGCACUUCUAUUCAGCUGAAGAAUGAUCAGCAAAAACUAUUUUGUGAGCACAAAUCUUUUAAAAAUGCAUCUGAACACAGAUUCAAAUGGCUCCACAGAGGCUUGGGGAUCUCAAAAAAAGAAAAUGUGGCACAAAAUGGAUUUUGGAAGAGACUGACACCGGAGAGUUUUAUCAAAAAAUGCAAUUCAGAGAGUUAAACAGCCAGUUUUGCUGAUGCCCCUCAAUCCUAACCUGCAAUCUCCCGUUAUCUGGUUUCCAAGUGUCUCAGGCUAACCGGCUCCUCUCUUAGGUAAGGAAGGAGUUAAUAUUCUCCAGUCUGUUUUUGGUUGUCAGAGUGAAAGUGAAAGGAAAGGCACUAGAAGGCUGAAGACUCAUUCAGAGUUUGAUUCUAGCACAGACGCCUGAUGUUUUAGGGUGUCUGGAACCCCUUGUUUGGGGGACAAAAUGAAUCUAGGGCUCAUCCUCAUCUGUGGAGUACUGGCUCUGAAGGCUGCAGAGCUGCCAGUGGAGCUGGCCCCGGGGUCCCAAUUACGCUCUGUGGAUGUGGUCUUGGACUGUCAUUAUAUAGAGGAAGCUGUGGGUGGAUUUCCGGGUGCCUUUGCUGGAUCAUUCUCCUCAGACCCUGCCACCCUAGUGCUGAGAGGUGUCAGCAUUGCUGAUGAUGGAAGCUUGGACAGUGUCACCAAUUAUGAGGCGCCAGGCACAAAUACUGACUCCGCUUCUCCCAUCAUCUUUGAAGUCUCAGCAAGUUUGGUACCCGUCCCAUAUGCGGAAUCCCUGCUGCAUGCAGACUGUGCUGGGGAGGAAGUGACCUGUGAGAUCUCUCCAUACAGCCUACACCUGGCAGAUGAGGGGCCCAGCCAGGCCUCCUGGUUCAUGGGGACCCUGAAGUUGUCCAGUGGGAUCAGCAUAGCCCUGGUGCUGAAGGUCAGCAGUGACAGGGAGGAAGAUGACAGAAUGGUUGUGCUGCACCCAAGGCUGAAGGUCCCUGUAAGCAAGGAGGGCACAGUGCUGACCACAGUUGAAUUCCAGUUGUCAUCUCGCACCCCUACUUUGCGUACCCGACUUGGCACCUCCGUCACCCUGGACUGCAGCUUUGCCUUGGCUUCCAGCUCUCCACUGGCCUCGCUGGAGUGGAGGCUGCAGCACCGAGGCAGCGGACGUAGAGUUUUUCACUACCAGGCGGGGGAUGUGGCACAAGCAGAACAGUCAAUGGCCCACGUGGAUGUGGGGCAACUGCUGGAGACUGGAGAUGCAUCACUUAGCCUGCAUGGAGUGGGUGUGGGGGAUGAAGGGACAUACAUCUGUUUACUGUCCACCCCCCAGCACCAGGCCCAGAACAUCAUCCAGCUGCAGUUGGUCGAGCCCCCAAGAGUCCGUUUGUUCCCAGAGUUGGUGUCACGUGAGGGGGAUGGAGCUACUACCCUGACCUGUGAGAUCUCUGGCUAUUACCCCCUGGAUGUGUCGGUGAAGUGGACACGGGAGGCCCCUGACGACAAGGACAAGGUCCCUAUCUCAGGCUCAAGCACAUACUUCUCCAGCCAUAGGCAAGCCCAGGAUGGCACCUACAGCAUCAAUUCGUACCUGAGUAUCAACACAGCCACAGAGCUGGGACCUAUCACCUACCGCUGUCAUGUCUCGCAUCUGGCCCUUGAAGAGCCAAUCACAGCUAGUGCCCAGCUCAGAGCACCAGAGCAAAAAACAUCUAAAGAGCUUGUGGGAGCCUUCAUUGCUACUUUCAUCUUCCUUGCUGCUCUCGUUGGCCUCUUGCUCAGGAGAAGAAAAACAGUUGAUCCAAAGUCUGAGAAAUCUCUGGACACUUCAGGAUAAAAGGGACAGUUAACUCAGUUACCCUUAUUCCUGCGCCCCCUCUGACAGACCCCAGACCAGAUGAAGACCCAACCACUCUGAAAUUAACCUCCCAUUUUACAUUAAUGGAGCUGUCACCUUUUCCAGGGACUCCCUUGCAGCUCUGUAGGAAGGAAUAGGAGGACCCUUGUGACCCUGGAAAGGUGGAGUCAGAGAAAAGGGGGUGUCUCCAUCAUGUGCGUGGGGAUAAUAUCAUUAAACUCCAUGUAACACUGUUCUUCUCACACUUUCAGGUACACAGAGCUAGAUCCACAAAGGGAUGUAGGCAUUUUAGGUGCCUAAGUCCAACAUUUAGGCACCACUGAGAUCCUCAAACCUCUGCUCAGCUGGUGCCUAACCCUUUAGCUGCCUAAAUUCCUAGUGCACCUAAGGUUCUGCUGGAAAAGUCCCCUAAGCACCUAAGUUCUGCCUGUGAACAUACACAAAAUCACUUAAUUCCUGAUGCCACUGAGCUGCUUGGUUCCCUAGCUCAUGCAUAACCCCUAGUAGGAUUGUCAACCUAAGCAAUACCCUGCCUUUAUCACCUGCAGGGCCUGAUCCCAGAGGCAUGCUCGGAGCAUACCUAUCAGAUUCAGAUCAGGCCUUGAACAAAGACAGCUAGGAGCAAGCAGGUCAAAAAUUUGGUGGGUGUAUGUAUAUACGUAUGUGUGUAUGUGUACACCAUCACUUUGCCCAUGUCAUCCCUAGCUUUUAAUUCCUCCCCUGGCUCUCCCUUCUCUAUCACAUCAAAUAUAAACUGCUUGUAUUCAUCUUCUAGUCCCUUCUUGGCCAUUUCCCACCCUACCUAGCAUCUCUCAUUUGGUAUUGAAUGUUGAUGCUCAUCUCUGAUGGGCCCAUCAUGCCAGCCUCCAUUGGCCACGGGUUACAUUUUCAGACAAGCAUCUUUCUACUUUCUCCCAUGCUGUUCAGCACACGUGGGAGGGGCUCCCUGAAAACAUUCACAAAGCAUCCACCUUCAAAUACAUCCGCAAAACUCUCCUUUGCCAUGAUGCCUGUAAUAUAUUGACAAUGGUUAGAAUGCUGAUCAGCCUGACCAUUAUUGUCUCAUUGUUUCCUUUUAUUCCCCUACAAGUCUCUUGCUUUACGCUUAGAUUGUAAGCUCUUUGGGGCAGGAACUGUCUUUUUGUUCUGUUUGUACAGUGCCUAGCACAAUGGGAUCCUGGUCACAACUAGAGAUCCUAUGUGCUACAAUAAUGCAACUUAAUAACAUUAUUAGCUUAGUGGGUAGAGCACUCCCCUAUAAUGUAAGAGGCCCAGGUUUGUAUCCCUGUUCUGCCUGAAUUGGAGCAGGGACUUGAAGUCAGUUCUCCCACAUCCCAGGUGAGUGCUCUAACUACUGAGUUGUUGAGUAUUCUGGGGUGGUUAUGUCUCAGUCUUCCCUGCUGAAGCUGUUCCACUUGAUAUAGAUAAAAUAUUUUUGGAGCUGGGCCUCUCUCACAUCUCAGGGGAUUGCCCUGACCACUGAGCUACAGAGUCAAACUCCUGCUUUGUCUCCUCUUUCUUAUCCAAUGAAUAUUUAAUUAUUUAUAUGAAGAAGCUCUUCAGCAGGAGAGAUUGAGAGCCAGUUACAUCCCUUGUUAGUAUCUUGCUAAAAUACUGUAUUUGGGAAGCUCAGGGUGGGAGAGGCUGUGGGUGAGGAGUGGGGCUCACUCUGUAACUGGCUCAAAUGAGAUACGGUAUUCACUGCACUUUGUGCUAGUUUGAAUUUGACUUCUGAAUAAAACCCUGUUGUUAUUUUUCUAA